AUGAGUUUUUCUAAGAUCGAUGCUUCUAAAAAAAAUUUGUUACAAUCUGGGGCCCCUUCCUCAGUCAGAGAGAGCAUGACCUACGCAGAAGCCCAGCGCAUGGUGGAGCUGGAGAUCCGCGGCCGAGUCCACCGCAUCAGCAUCUUCGAGAACCUGGACGUGCUUUCGGAGGAGGACAGCGGCGCGGAGGACCCCACGCCGACAGGGACAGGCUCGGCGGCGUGUAACGGUGAGGCCGGGGGAAUCGACAAGGACAGUUUGGACAGUUCUGCAGCCAAUGGGGAGAAGGGGCCGCAGAAAACCGGAAAGCACAAGAGCAAAGACAAAAAGAAAGACAGCAGCUCGCACCAUCACAUGAACCCGCCGGUCAAGCUGCCCGAGGUGGUGUUUCGAGAGCUGGAUCAGGAGAGACCGGACGCACCCCCCCGACCCAUGUCUUACUACAGGUACAUCGACAAGUCUGCUGAGGAGCUGGAUGAGGAGGUGGAGUACGAUAUAGACGAGGAAGACUACAUCUGGCUGGACAUCAUGAAUGACAAGCGGCGCGCUGACGGGGUGGUGCCCAUCCCUCAGGAGGUCUUUGAGUACCUGAUGGAUCGCCUGGAGAAGGAGUCCUACUUUGAGAGUCACAACAAGGGUGAACCCAGUUCUCUGAUCGAUGAAGAUGCCGUGUGCUGCAUCUGUAACGAUGGUGAGUGUCAGAACAGCAACGUCAUCCUGUUCCACUUGAGCCCUGCAGACCUGUUGGUUGACCUGCUUUUGUGCUCCAGGGUCACAUAUAUAGUCUUAGUUUUAUGUAAUGAUAGUAACCCUGCUGCAUGGAAGGCACUUUUUGCCUUCUGGUUAUGGCACAUUCAGGUGUUGUUUUUCCCGCUUUUCUUUCAGGUGUGUUUUGCUAAUACAGUCUUCCUGGAGCCCAUCGACAGCAUCGAGCACAUCCCUCCUGCCCGCUGGAAGUUGACCUGCUACAUCUGUAAACAGCGCGGCUCUGGUGCCUGCAUCCAGUGCCACAAAGCCAACUGCUACACCGCCUUCCACGUCACCUGCGCUCAGCAGGCAGGCCUCUACAUGAAGAUGGAGCCGGUGCGCGAGACCGGCGCUAACGGGACUUCAUUUAGCGUGCGCAAAACAGCCUACUGCGACAUCCACACGCCGCCAGGCUCCGCCCAACCGCUGGGGGGUGUGGGAGGGGCCAGCGCAGGCUCCUCCCACAGCGAGGGCGAGGCGGAGGAUGAGGAGGAUGUGGCGGGAGGCGAGGAAGACGGGAAGGGCUGGAGCUCAGAGCGCGCCAAGAGGGCCAAAGCAAAAUCACGGCUGAAGAUGAAGAGGGCCAGAAAGAUCCUGGCCGAGAGGAGAGCGGCCGCGCCGGUGGUGUCAGUGCCGUGUAUUCCACCGCACAAGUUGAGUAAGAUCACCAGUAACCUGACGGUGCAGAGGAAGGGUCAGUUCAUGCAGAGACUGCACAGCUACUGGACGCUGAAGAGACAGAGCCGUAACGGCGUUCCUCUCCUGCGGCGUCUCCAGACGCACCUGCAGUCCCAACGCAACGCUGAGCCGCUCCCCGCCACGAGAGACGGCCUGGAGAAGCACUCGGUGUUGAAGGAGCAGCUGAAAGCGUGGCAGAGACUCCGGCACGACCUGGAACGAGCUCGGCUGCUGGUGGAGCUCAUCCGCAAGAGAGAGAAGCUCAAGAGGGAGACCAUCAAGAUGCAGGAGUUGGCGUUAGAGAUGCAGUUGACUCCGUUCCUGGUGUUGUUACGGAGCACUCUAGAACAACUGCAGGAGCGGGACACCAAUAACUUCUUCAUCGAGCCUGUACCUUUAAGUGAGGUCCCAGAUUACCUGGACCACAUCGAGCGCCCAAUGGAUUUCCAGACCAUGUGGAAGUGUUUAGAGUCGCAUCUCUAUCUCAGCUUCGAAGCUUUCGAGGGCGACUUUCUGUUGAUCGUCAACAACUGUUUGAAGUAUAACGCCAAAGACACGGUUUUCUACCGCGCCGCACUACGCUUGCGAGAAGCAGGUGCCGCUGUUUUACGGCAAGCUCGCAGACAGGCAGAGAGAAUCGGAUUCGAUUAUGAGACAGGCAUGCAUCUUCCUCGAGAGCCAAGUCCAGAUUCACCACACGAACGAGAGAGAGAGAGACAACGAGACAGAGACAGAGACCGAGACCGAGAGAGAUCAGCAUCACUCAUUGAUGACGAUUUCCUGGUGGAGAAUCGGCGGCGUUUGCCUGUAGAGGAGCAGCUGCAGAUCCUGCAGGCGUGCUACGAUGAGGCCAUGUCGGGGAAGCACAGCAUCGGUCAGUCGCGGCGAGCUAAAGCCCUGAAGAAAGAGAUGACAGUACUGAAGCGCAAGCUGGCGCACCAGCGCGAGGGCAUCUGUGGCAUGGGCAGCCGUGAGUCGGGCCUGUCUCUGGAGCGCGGCUCGGUCCUCGCGCAUCACGCCUCGGGGGGAAACCGGCACGGUGAAGGAGAGAGCAGCAGCCACGAGAUCGGUGGGAAAGAUCUGAGCACAUCAUCUUCAGCUCUGGCCCCUGAGGUCGGCCGGCGUACCUCUGUCCUCUUCUCCAAGAAGAACCCUAAAGCGGCCGGGCCUCCCAAGCGCCCGGGUCGACCCCCUAAGAACCGAGAGGCGCUGCAUGGGCUGGGGGUGCUGAGGUCCAGUCCAAUAGGCCCUCCGCAGCUCCCCUUGCUCACCUCGUCCCGCAAGAGAGCCCACAGUCCCCAGUCCAGCUCCAGCUUCGAGACCGACAGCGAGCACGAUCACCUCAUCCUGGAUCUUCACAGUAAUGGUUUUGGUGGAAGCAGCCAGCCGAAGACCGAGAGUUUCCUGGUGUACAGGAACGAGCGCAGUCUGCCACGCUCCAGCUCCGACUCAGAGUCUACCAGCAGCAGCAGCAGCAGCGCCGCGUCUGACAGGACCAGCACCACUCCUUCUAAACAGGGCCGUGGAAAAGCCUCGUUCUCACGCUCUGCCUUUCAGGAGGACAGCAGCGAGGAAACGUCCGGCACGGAGAACGACUCCUACUCCAUGGGAGGAUCCCGAGGAGUGUCUCACUUGGUUCGGGGCCGGGGCCGCUCUGGAUGCUGGAUGGGUUCAGAUGACUACAGCUCUCUCGACGCUCUGGAUCUGGCGUGGGCCAAGUGCAGAGGAUACCCAUCAUACCCCGCUCUGAUCAUUGAUCCCAAGAUGCCACGGGACGGUGUGUUCCACCGGGGCGUCCCGAUUCCUGUCCCGCCGAUAGAGGUGCUGAAGCAGGGAGAGCAGAUGAUGCAGGAGACGCGCGAGCAUCUCUUCCUCGUGCUCUUCUUCGACAACAAGAGGACCUGGCAAUGGCUGCCGCGCUCCAAACUGGUUCCUCUGGGCGUCAAUCAGGAUCUGGACAAGGAGAAGAUGCUGGAAGGCCGGAAGUCGAACAUCAGGAAGUCUGUUCAGGUGGCGUAUCACCGCGCCAUGCAGCACCGCAACAAAGUCCAGGGCGACCCCAGCAGCGACACGAGCGACAGCGACUGAACACACGGUUUACACGACUCCAGACGGUGAUGCAUUUCCACUGAAACACACUCUGAUGCUCUCUACUCUGGUGCUAAAGCGCUUCGGGCCCGGUCUGAAAGACGUGUGCUCAGGAUGUGUGUUUAAUGUUAGAUGUGGCUGCAGUCAUAGAUACACAGUCUUUUUACCUCACUACAGCCAGUAUUCCAGAUUUGAUGAACACACUCUCUGUCAGCAAAAAUAAAACACACCCUCGCUUGAAACAAUUCAGCGGACCUGAGCUAUGUGAUCUGCUGUGUGCGUGCGAGAAUCCAUGUGUAUGCUGGUAGAUGAGGCUGACGUGAAAAGCAUGCUACACAUUUAUGCAGAGGAUGCACAAGUGAAAUGUGAUGUAUUUAUUUGUUCUUCCAAAUGACAUUUAUUCCAUUUAGACACACACACA